CCUCCGUCCAGGUUCUGUAUGUGCAGCUGAGGUGCUGUACCUACAGUCCUGAUCAUAUCUACAGUCAUUACUACGGUUCACAUCUCAUCUGACAAUGAAGCGUGCAGACAAAUCAUCGCACACUGUUGAGAGAGAAUUUGGAGGAACUCUUGGUGCCGUUUGUAUCCCUGUCUUCCUCCCAUUGACGGUGCUGUUUCUUAUUGGUGUGAGUCGGACUCCUUCAGCCAGCCUCUUCCAGUGGCCUCCUCCCUUCCCCUCUUCUGAGCAGCUGUGGCACCCUCUGGUCCCUGUGCUGCUGCUAGGAUGGAUAGGCCUGCAUGCACUUCUGUACCUGCUGCCUCUGGGGAAGAUGUCAGAGGGACUAGAGCUGAAGAAUAAGACACGCCUCAAGUAUCCUAUAAAUGGUUUCCAUGCCAUGUGCAUCAGUGUGGGGCUGAUUCUGCUGUUGCUAAAGCUUGGUGCUCCUCUGGGCCGGCUCUUUGAGCUGCUGCCCCCUCUGGCCGUGUGUGCCAUUGUGCUGUCAUUCUUCUUCUCGGUUUUCCUCUAUGCACGCUCCUUUUCAGUCCCCUCCGACGCACUCGCUCCAGGGGGCAACACAGGGAAUCACUUGUAUGAUUUCUUCAUUGGGCGGGAACUAAACCCUCGGAUUCAGGAUUUUGACCUAAAAUAUUUCUGUGAGCUGAGGCCAGGUCUUAUUGGAUGGGUGGUGAUUAAUCUGGGUUUACUAAUGAAGGAGGCGGAGCUUCAAGGUUCCCCAUCCCUCGCCAUGGUCCUUGUCAAUGGGUUCCAGCUGUUGUAUGUCGGGGACGCUUUGUGGAACGAGGAGGCCGUUCUCUCCACUAUGGACAUUGUUCACGAUGGUUUUGGGUUCAUGCUGGUGUUUGGAGACCUGGUUUGGGUGCCCUUUACCUACAGUUUACAGGCAGCUUUUCUAGUUGUCCACCCGCAGUCACUCAGUUGGUUUGGAGCAGCUGUUAUAAUAGCACUUAAUGGGAUCGGGUAUUAUAUCUUUAGGAGCUCAAAUUCACAGAAAAAUCAGUUCAGAAGAGAUCCAAACCAUCCAAAAGUUUCAAAGCUGAAAACCAUCCCGACAGCAUCAGGGAAGAAGUUGCUCGUGUCCGGAUGGUGGGGUUUUGUUCGUCAUCCCAAUUACCUCGGAGACCUCCUCAUGGCCCUGGCCUGGUCCCUGCCAUGUGGGUUUUCAAAUCUCCUGCCGUACUUCUACGUCAUAUACUUCACCAUCCUGUUGAUCCACAGAGAGGCGCGAGAUGACAGACAGUGUAAGAUCAAAUAUGGAGCGUCCUGGGACUCCUACUGCAAACAGGUCCCCUACAGGAUAUUUCCAUAUAUUUACUAAAUAAACACCAGUAAAAGAUGAAAUACAUUAUAUAGUUAACAUUACAUCCUGUACUUGCAUAAACAGC